UUGAAAAUCCGGAGCCUUGCAGAAAACCAAGAAAAAAGUGAAUUGCAUUGUGGAAGGAGUCAGGGUGCUUGAAUUGUGUCUGGGACCACAAGGAAGCCGAGGGAGUGAAAGAUGCUAUAGGGACUGCCCAGGCUGAAACAGCGUGGCAUGUCCUGACAGGCAUCAUCUCCUCCCGGCAGGUUUCCCAGGCGAGCCUGCUCCUGCAGAACAUCCCGUGGAGGUCAGUGCCUUGCCAGCAGAUCACAUUGUCCCUGUGGCUGGAUAAAGUCUGCCCAGAUGCCUCUGCUCGACCUCCCUGCAGGCCCGAGUUACAGAGAUGAGUUUUACCUGCUGAGCAGAGCCAUGUACUUGCUCCGUGAUCCGCCGGCUCUCCCGAAGAACGCCACGCGUCCCCGUUGUGCGCAGCACCUCUACGCCUUGCCGGGGCACAGUGGGGUGACGCACCAGGCCCGAUGCCCCCCAGCUCCCCAUCGCACAGAGCUGCUCCGUCCUCAGUGGGGCACAUCUUAAUCCCUUCCCAGAGGGCUGACGGAGAGCGGCAACGGGGUAGCCUGGAAUGAAACCCACCACUGCCGGCUGCUCGCCGGGCUGGUGCCCGACCAGUUCCAGAUGUGCCGGAGGAACCUGGAGGUCAUGCACAGCAUCGUCCGGGCCGCCCGCCAGACCAAGAGUGUCUGCCAGAAGACCUUUGCAGACAUGAGGUGGAACUGCUCCUCCAUCCAACGUGCCCCCAGCUUUGGCCCUGACCUGCUGAAAGGAACCCGGGAAUCCGCCUUCGUCUACGCCCUGGCUGCCGCUGCCGUCACGCACUCCAUCGCCCAAGCCUGCACCUCGGGGGAGCUCCCUCUCUGCUCCUGCGGCUCCGUCCCCUCGGAGGUUCCCGGGCCGGACUUCAGAUGGGGUGGCUGCGGGGACAACCUUAGCUACGGCCUCCAGCUUGGCGCCGCCUUUGCUGACAGUCCCUUAAAAUCCAGCAAGCUGGGGACACAAGCGCUCAAGGCCAUGAAUCUGCAUAACAACGGGGUGGGCCGGCAGGUGCUGAGUGAUUCCCUGGAUACCAAGUGUAAAUGCCAUGGUGUUUCAGGCUCCUGUUCGGUGAAGACCUGUUGGAAGGGAUUGCCAGACCUGGGUGAAAUCGCUUCUGACCUCAAGUCCAAGUACCUGACAGCCAUCAAGGUGACCCAUCGGCUCAUAGGGCCCAGGAAGCAGCUGAUACCCAAAGAAAUGGAUGUCAGGCCAGUGAAAGAGACGGAUCUGGUUUAUCUCAUCAACUCCCCUGACUACUGCAUACUGAAUCUCCACCUGGGGUCUCUGGGGACACAGGAUAGGCAGUGCAACAAGACCUCCGCGGGCAGCGACAGUUGCAACCUGAUGUGCUGCGGCCGCGGCUACAACGCCUACACGGAGGAGGUGGUGGAGAGAUGUCACUGCAAGUAUCACUGGUGCUGCUACGUGGUGUGCAAGAAGUGUCGGCGGAAGGUGGAGAGAUACGUCUGUAAAUAACGCCAGAGGUGUCACGGCAGGUGGGAGGACUCCUGCGCCCGUAUCCUCCGGGGCUCAGCUGGAGACGGAACGACAACGACAAGGGAUGCUCUGAGCUACGGGCUAUGCGGGAAGCCUGGACUCUCGCAUUACCACGGAAGACCUCACACUGAGAGAGAUGCCUGGAAGCCUAAGACCAGGGGCCGACCUCUGCUCCAUCUCUCCGGAGCAAGACAAAGGGCUGCCCCCCUGCAGCUGAUCGAGAGCGUCCAGCCCUCUGUCUCCAGCUGGGGGCAAACCAUUUAUCACUCCGCAUGCACAGGCCCUUUUCUCCAGGGGUGAAUGGGGACCUUCAGCUGCCAUUGUCUCUCUGCAGGAGGUUUCUGACAGUGGCCUGAAAGCCAGGAGUGAUGGAUGGGAAGGGGGAUAGAGCGUUGCCAGUUGGGAGAAGGCUGCAGGGGAAGAAAGCUGCUUCGGGUGAGGGGGUCAUGGGUGGCUCCUUUCGGGGCAGGUUUCUGCUGUGGGCUCAUCCAACACCACUGAGCGUCCUUCCUCCGGGGCAAAUACUGGUCCAGUGCCCUUUGCAGCAUCUGAAAUGAAGACCAGGCUUGGACAAAGGCAGAACUAGUUAUUGCUCCAGGAGACAGAGCUCAUCAAUCCUCCCCACAACCUGCUUGGAGAUCGCCACUGCUCUCAUGGUAAUGAGCCUUCAUCUCUGACUGAUGAUGGCAUGCAUACCUAGGGACAGGAGCGGUCCCGGAGGCUGGCGAAGCUUGACAAAACUGCACCUAGCAGCCUUGUAUUAACAAGGCAUCCAGGGCAGAACUGUAGUUCUGCCCUCUGGGCUUGUGUUGGAGGUGGAAGCCCACUCAAUGCAUGGCAUACUCAUGGCUUGUCCUUCCUGCCCCUUCUUCCAGACCACCAAGGUCUUAAGCCCACUCUUUCCACCCCCUGAAUACCAGGUGUGCUGGCACUCUGGCCUGGAGAGAGAGCCUUUAGCCUCUAAACUUAAUGUAAGUGGGGUUCUGUGUGUGUUUUUUAAAUAAAUGUAUUAUACUCUACCUCUCUGUGAUGUGUUUCCUAGGACAACCUCCUUCCUCCACCUCCUUCUCA